GGUCGACCAGCUAAAACCAGCUAACCAGCCUAGGCUGGUGUAAGCUGGAUUUCUCAGCAGGGUUUGCAUUGAUUUAACAUGAAAAUCACUCGCGCUUGACGCUUCUUCUGCGUUUGGAAUUGCAGCGCUUUAAUAAAUGGUCUUAGCAGAAGGUAUCAUGCAUUAAACAGGCAAAGCAACGCAUUAUUAUUAGUCAACAUAUUCAGAUGACACCACAUCUGUAAUCUUUAACAUGUUCAUGAGUAACUGUAAUUUAGUUACUCACUUUUUCUCAGUAACUGUAUUAAAUUAGUUACUUGUAUUUUGUAAUUAAUUUACGUAACGCCGCUACAUGUAACUAGUUACUCCCAACACUGUGGAUGUGAUUUCAUGCAUGCUUAUGACAGCUCUUAUUAAGUGUCAUCCGGUCACUUAUGACCUUUUAACUGCAAAGACAACUUGACGUAAACAAAUGCAUCACAGCUAGUCUUCAUCUCUGUCAGCACAGCGUGAUGUGUCUCUGUGUGUGUGUGUCAGACGGCUCUGAUCUCCGAAUGGUCCUGCUGGGUGUGACCGGCUCCGGGAGGAGUUCUGCUGGAAACACACUCCUGGGACGUUCUGCGUUCUGGACGGACACGUCCUCGGUGUCGGUCACCAGCCGGUGUCAGAGGGCAGGGGGUGUGGUUGAGGGGCGGAGCCUGCAGGUGAUUGACACCCCGGGCUUUUUCCACACCUGCCUAAGCCCGGAGGAAGUGCGCGUUGAGUUGAGUCGCAGUGUGGAUCUGCUGGCCCCGGGGCCGCAUGUGUUUGUGCUGGUGCUGCGGCCCUGCAGGCUGACCCCGGAGCAGUGCGCGUCUCUGCACUGCACCCGCGCCACGUUCGGCCCGCACGCGCUCACACACACCAUCGUCUUACUCACAUGCGGAGACGCGCUCGGCUCCAAACCGGAGGAGGACUUCCUGAAGGAGAGCUCGGAGCUAUGGGAGUUUGUGAGCGAGUGCGCCGGGGGAUUCCACGUCUUCGACAACACUAAAGCUCACGAGGACAGGUCACAGGUGUCGGAGCUGCUUCAGAAGGUGGAUCGGCUGGUCGAGCGUAAUAAAGGAUCUCAUUACACCGCAGACAGGCUCCUGCAAGCCCAGGCGGACAUUCUGCAGAUCCAGCAGAGGAUUUUGGGAGAGGGGGCGGGGCCUGUGGCUGAAGGGCGGAGUCAGGACGCUGAGGAGGAGGAGUCUAGGAGGAGGGCGGAGCGUGUGUUCUGGUACGAGCUGCUGACGGCGGUGGGCCGUGGGGCGGUGGAGGGGUCAGGGGUGAUGGAGAAGGGGAAGGGCAAAGGGAAGAAGGUGAAGGCGGUGCAGAGGGCGGCGGCCAUCGCUGCCACACCGCUGUCAAUCAACACCGCUGCUAAAGUUGUGGGUGGAGCCAUGAGGGAAGGGGCCAAAAUACUGGACAAACAUAAGAAGACAUUCCUGCGCUGACACACAUACAGUACACACACACACACACACACACACACACACACAUACAGCUGAAGACUAAAUCCUUCAGCCUCAAGUGACAAUUGUAUUCAUUGUUUAUUGUGUUUAAUAAAUCGUCUCACCAUUAAACAGAACCCUACUGAAAAAAA